AGACGACAAACCAGACAUGCUACAGCAAAACAUGGCCGUGGUGCAACAGGUGAACAUAAGCUGCGAAUGCAAUCAUCGUCGUGGACUCCUCUAUGUGCUGCGUCCCUGGGCCUGGGGUCGGCCCUGCCGUCGCUGCCAGCGCAUGAUGGAUCGCAAUGUGGUUGUGGUGCCCACUUCUGGUGCGGCUGCAGUAACAGUAAAUGGCGGCAUGGACAGAACGUGCGUGUCACCUGUUGUUGUGUCCACAACCACCCGAACUGUAAAUGUGCCACAAGUGGCUGGGGCACCACAGCAAAUGGACGUUGUGACACCAACACAAACGGCCAUCGAUUGGCAGGCUUCGCAGGAGGAGGUUCCCUCCGCUCUUCCGCCCAAGUAUAGCGAAAUGGUGGCCACCAACUGAAAAGCCUGUCUUGAAAAUUACAACUUACUUGGAAGUUUCUUAUAUGCAAGGUUUUUGCAGCGAAAGAAAUAAAAUAUAGAUUCCUUUCGGUUGAGAUAUAAAUA